AUGGAUCUUCUAUCGGUUCUGCCUGGGUUUUCAACGCAUGGUUUCAUCCACAUCAUUCCGCCGCUGGAGCGUCGCAGAGUCACCGUGGUCGAUCUGAUCACCCUCGAUCCUCUGGAGAUCGCAAGACGCGCGCGCGCGCCUCCCGCAGAUGUUCGGCGCCUCACCAAUCGCAUUGUCGAGGCAUUGCAUGAAGACAUAGGGGUUGAGAAUUCACUACCGGCUACAGACGCACUUGAUAGUACGCCGAAUCCUAACAAAAAUCUCGAAACACCUGGUCGUGAGCCUGCAACGGAACCACAAUGGAACACCAUCAGCACACUUGACCCCGCAAUGGAUGCAUUGCUUGGAGGGGGGAUACCAACGGGCUAUGUGACGGAGCUGACGGGUGAGAGUGGAAGCGGCAAGACCCAAUUCCUUUUGAGCCUUUGCCUGGCCGUCCAGCUGCCAAAACCCCAGGGACUACAUCAGCGCGCAAUAUACAUAUCAACAGAGCAUCCGCUCUCAACGCCACGACUAACAGAACUUCUGGAGUCGCACCCUGCUAUGUCAACCCUGCCGCCAGAGCAAGCACCGUCGCUGGAGGACAUCCUGUCCAUCAAUGCCAUGGAUCUGGAAACCCAAGACCACAUUCUUUUCUUUCAGCUCCCUGUCGCCAUUGAACGUUACGGUAUCGGUUUAGUCAUUAUUGAUUCAAUCACAUCGAACUAUCGUGCCGAACAUUCAACUAGCAAGGCAUCCCUCGCUCACCGAGGGCGCCAACUCGCAAAAACAGGAAACUUAUUACGCAAACUCGCCAUUGACCAAAACGUUGCCAUAGUAGUGGCAAACCAGGUAUCUGACCGCUUCGAACCUCUAGGGGGUGCCUCAUUGCCGCGCCCGCCGUUCCCAUCAAGGUUAAGCUCCACGCAAGGCCAAGGAAACGGAUCUUCGUCCCAGUAUCCAAAAUCAAGGACGGAGCAAAUAGCCGCUGAAAAUAGCACGCCAAGCUCAACUGCUCCCCGAUCCUCCCAAAUCUCCUCAUCCCCUUAUCAUGCACCAGAGGACAAACAUUUUGACGGUUCAUACCUUGUCCCCAGCCCAGAGCGUAGUCCCUUUCUCAGUCUAGCAUACCAAGAAAGGUUCUUCGGUGGCUGGGGCGAUGGUCCAAAUCCAGAUAGCGGAUCGCUGAAGAAACCAGCUCUGGGAUUCUUCUGGUCAACGCAGGUUCCAUGUCGGAUUGCUCUGAAAAAAGAAGAUCUUCGUGCAGCCGCUGUGGUGGAUGAGGAUGACACCGUGAUGCCACAUCCAGCAAGAGCAGAUGUCAGUCGAGACCCAGACUCUAUUGCGAUGCCGGCACCUCCUCUUCCCCGGAACGCAGUGCCUGGGCCACAGAGCCAGUCGCUUGCUUUGGACCCCAAGCCUGUGACGCGGAGGGUCAUGAAGCUCGUGUACUGUCCCUGGACGGGAGGAUUGGAAAGUGCUUUGGGAGAACCUCAAUCGUCGCAAAUGACUACUGAGUUGGAGUUUGAAAUCUGGAAAGGUGGCUUGCGGGCCACGAGUCACGUUGGAUGA